UUCUCUCCGGCUAAGGAAUCCAUAUCAUGCAUUUCGUUCGUGUGUACACUUAAAAGGGGAAGGUUCGCGCGGAACCAGUCUGAUUCUCACAGGGUCUAGGGUUCUACAGAUUUUCAUUUGUUCCCCCAGACAAAACAAAAAAGAGUAAAGAGAAAAAGCAGAAGAAACCCUUGAUUUUAAUGUGGUUUGGCUGAUCGCUGUUAGGAAACAACAACCACGAUGUCGUUCUCAACAAGACUUCGUUAUAGAGCAUCUUCUCUCAUUCGUUACAAUCUAUCACUCCCUAUUACCACUAAUGUUAGGGUUUCUAAGUAUCCAUCUGGUUUAUCUCAGUUUCGUUUACUGUGUAUUGCUCCUAGUCUUAGUACAAGAGUAGGACCUGUUAAGGGAGGAGGAGGAAGUUCAGCUGAGGAAAAGAUUGUUCCGACAGAGAUUCAUAAGGAGGCACAUGACUCCUAUAUGGCUUAUGCUAUGUCUGUAUUGCUUGGUAGAGCCAUACCAGAUGUUCGUGAUGGAUUGAAGCCAGUUCAUAGAAGAAUUUUAUUUGCGAUGCAUGAAUUGGGAAUUUCAUCUCGAAACCCACAUAAGAAAUGCGCCAGAGUUGUUGGAGAGGUUCUGGGUAAGUUUCAUCCACAUGGAGACAAUGCCGUUUAUAAUGCUUUGGUGCGAAUGGCACAGGAUUUCUCCAUGCGAUAUCCUCUCAUCCAAGGGCAUGGAAAUUUUGGUUCAGUUGACGCAGACCCUCCUGCUGCAAUGCGCUAUACCGAGUGCAGACUGGAAGCACUUACAGAAGCAAUGCUCUUGUCUGAUCUAGAACAGAAUACGGUUGAUUUUGAGCCAAAUUUUGAUAACUCACUUAAAGAACCGUCAGUUUUACCAGCAAAGCUUCCAGUUCUUCUGUUGAAUGGUAGUUCUGGAAUUGCGGUAGGAAUGGCAACUAAUAUUCCUCCCCACAACCUUGGAGAGUUGGUUGAUGCGCUUAAUGUUCUGAUUAAUAAUCCAGAAGUUACGCUCCAAGAACUGUUGGAAUACAUGCCAGGGCCUGACUUUCCAACUGGAGGUAUAAUCACGAGUGCAACUGGAAUCUUGAAAGCAUAUCAAACUGGACGUGGAUGUGUGAUAGUUAGGGGAAAGACUGACAUUGAAGUGGUUGAUUCUAAAACAAAGCGCUUUGCAAUUAUUAUCAAGGAGGUUCCAUAUCAGACCAAUAAAUCUACUCUAGUGGAGAAAAUUGCUGAACUGAUGGAAAAUAAGAUUUUAGAGGGCGUAAGUGACAUUCGUGAUGAAAGUGAUCGUACUGGAAUGCGUAUAGUCUUAGAGCUUAAAAAGGGUUCAGAUCCAUCCAUUGCUCUCGAAAAUCUGUAUCGUCUUACUGCUCUUCAAUCUAGUUUUAGCUGCAACAUGGUUAGUAUCAUAGACGGACAACCAAAGCUGAUGGGGUUAAAAGAAUUGCUUCAGGCAUUCCUGGAUUUCAGAUGCUCUGUUAUUGAAAGACGUGCAAAGUUUAAGCUCUCUCAAGCCCAAGAAAGGAAACAUAUUGUAGAGGGCAUCAUUGUGGGGCUUAAAAAUGUGGAUGGCGUCAUUGAUAUACUCAGUAAAAGCUCAAGUAAUAUAAUAACUUCAGCUGCUUUGAGAAAUGCAUAUAACUUGUCUGAAACACAAGCUGAUGCUUUAUUAGGUUUGACCCUGAGAAGGCUUACUUUAAAUGAGUCAAAGAAGUACAUGGAUGAAGCUAGAUUAUUAACUGAAGAAAUUUGUAAGCUAAGUGAACUGCUAUCAAGCAAAAAACUCAUAUUAAAGUUGAUAGAACAAGAGGCAACUGAACUAAAGAACAAAUUUUCAACUCCAAGACGCUCAAUGCUGGAACAUACUGUUUAGCACACCAGAUGAAAUAGAUGUUACCUCUAAUGACGAAAGGCCUCAGCUUUCAGGCUCUUUGUGGGAAAUCUCUAAUUUCCAAAAAUGUGGUGGUACCAUUGGAAAAUCUGUCGGGAUGAUGUGAAAAAUUGGUCAGGAUGUGAAACCUACUGCAUCAGCAUGAGAAGCAGAAGUGGUUUCCGAGUAACCGCGAUUGAAUUUGGUAGGAAUUGACUACAACAAAUGCGGAAAAAGUAAGUAAUUCGGUUAGUGUAUAGAGCUUGUAUUGUUUAGCGUUAGUGAAAGUUUAAUAGAUACAGCGCCAUUGUAAGAGAACAGAACAGAUAGUGGUAGUGAACCUUUUGCAAUCUGAAAAUUGUGUAAGCUUUUGCAGUACAAAAAAAUUGUGCACUAUGAUUGGCUUACUGGCAUAAACCUAGAUGAUGAUUAUCAAAGAUGUUUUUUGAUUGGUUUUAACAUUGCGAAC